AUGCCCGCACCAGGCCUGGUAGAAGAGCUGACCAGUACUUUCCAGCUGGACGAACUUCGCACCAGCUACGGAAUGACCGAAGCGGGAGGAUGCAUGACCCUUUCUCCGAAAGGAGAUAAGUCGUGUAAUAACGUGGGUUUUCCGAUACCUGGAACCAGGAUGAAGAUAAUCAACCCAGAGAGCAGCAAUAUACUCGGACCCAUGCAGUGCGGAGAGGUGCUCUUUGAUACACCGUACGCUGCACUUCGGUACUGCGGGCAUCCUGAAGCUACGGCCACCAUCACAGAUGAACAAGGGUGGAUACAUACGGGUGACCUCGGUUACUACGACCACGAUGGGAGACUCUUUUUAUGUGGUCGCCUCAAGACAAUGAUACUGUGCCAGAGGAGGAGAGUGUCUCCAGUUACUAUAGAACACUGCCUAAUAGAACAUACUGCCGUGCAAGAGGUAGCCGUAAUAGGCGUACCCGCGCCGGACGGUGACGAGUUCCCGGCUGCCGUGGUCAUCACAAAGCCGGGAUAUUCGCAGGACCAUCAACUCGCCGACGACCUGAAGCGUCACGUGGCUGAACGAAAGCCCUCCUGCAUGCACCUGCACGGUGGAGUCUACUUCGCCGACGCACUGCCGAAGAACGCCCUCGGAAAAGCCAGGUCAGCCUCACUUCGAGAGCUUCUCGGAAAGCUGCGCAGAAUGGACAGCGCUGAUGAAACUGCUUCUGGCAAUGUGAUGUACUAGAAAUGGUUUGGGUUUGGAACCCACUUCUUGAUGUCCUGCCUGCCAUCUCUCCAGGC